CCUUCUUCUCAGAGCAAUUGCUUUGCUCUAUCUCACACUCAAAGCAUAUCUCCAUCACUUAUAUACAACCAGCCAUGCUCACUCUUCACCAACCAAAACCAAACACAAACAACACUGACACCAACCCGCUCACGCUGAGUGCAGUUUCCACUCUGUCCGAGUGGUCCGAGUCGUUGCGAGUUCCGGUGAAGUCCUGACGCGGUCGACGAAGAUGAAUCGAAAACGGAAGAAGUCGGUGCGCCUGCAGAUUGAAGACAGCUCACUGAUGAUGGACAGUGAGCUUGUGCCCUCGUCCUUGGCUGAGAUUGCUCCCAUUCUUCGUGCGGCUAAUUGUAUCCAAGAAGAAAACCCUAGAGUUGCUUAUCUCUGCCGCUUCCAUGCAUUUGAAAAGGCUCAUAGUAUGGAUCCAACAUCAGGUCGACGUGGUGCUCGACAAUUUAAGACAAAACUGUUGCAUAGACUUGAGAAGGUCCACCUAAAAGAAGAAGAGGAGACAAUACGCCAGCUUGCAAGAAACGAUCCAAGAGAAAUCCAGUUGUAUUAUCAGAUUUUCUGUGAGAACUAUAUCAAUAAAGUUGCACAUACCAAAAAGCUGGAUGAGAUGGCCAAAAUUUGGCAGAUUGCGACAAUAUUGUAUGAUGUGGUGAAAACUGUGGUGCCUUCUGCAAAAAUUGAUGAUAAGGUUCGAUUUGUAUAA